AGUUUCAGUAGACUGCAACUGCAACCAGAUCUUAAGUCAGAAGUGGCAAAUAACUGCUACAUACAAGACAAGAAAACAUACCACUGCUACGCCGCAUCUUUAAACGACUAACUCAUUUACAAAAAGAAGACUAUACCAACAGAAACCAAAAGGACUAGUGAAGUGUCUUUUCUUUUAAAACACUUUCGUCGUGUAUUGAACCAAGAUAAUACCCUAAAAUGUUGGUGCUAUCGAUUGCCGUUAUCUUCCUUGGAAGCUUCAAUGUGGUAUUGUCUUCCUGUCCUUCGGAAUGUACCUGUCCUCGGGAGGUGCCCAGGUGCGCUCCAGGAGUGAGUCUUGUUCUGGACGGAUGUGGGUGCUGCAAAGUCUGCGCAAGACAACUCAAUGAAGACUGCGGAAAAACGGAGCCCUGUGACCAUACCAAGGGACUCGAAUGCAACUUCGGAGCUAGUUUCGGCGCCACUAGAGGCAUCUGCCGAGCCAAAUCUGAGGGAAGACCCUGUGAAUACAACAGCAAGAUUUACCAGAAUGGCGAAAGCUUCCAGCCAAAUUGCAAACAUCAAUGCACAUGCAUCGAUGGAGCGGUUGGGUGCAUUCCCCUGUGCCCACAGGAGCUCUCCUUGCCUAACCUGGGCUGUGCCAAUCCCAGACUCGUGAAGGUGGCGGGCCAGUGCUGUGAGGAAUGGGUCUGUGAUGACGGCAAGGAGAUGGAGUCAACUGACAAACUCUUCAGCAAGGAAAGUGGAACAGAUGAGUCAGAGAAUGACCUCACCAACAGAAAUGAGCUCAUCGCCCUAUUCAAAGGAGGACUCAAAUCUCUACCGGCUUUUAGAGUCCAACCUGAGGUUCACAUGUUUGACAGCCAGAAAUGCAUUGUCCAGACGACAGCCUGGUCCCAGUGCUCCAAAACCUGUGGGACGGGUAUCUCCACUAGAGUCACUAACGACAACAGAGACUGCAAACUGGUCAAGGAGACCCGCAUAUGUGAGGUCCGACCAUGCAGCCAGUCACCCUACACCAGUUUAAAGAAGGGAAAGAAGUGCAGCCGGACCAAGAAAUCCAGUCAGCUGGUCAAGUUCACCUAUGCGGGUUGCUCCAGUCUGAAGAAGUUCCGGCCCAAGUAUUGUGGUUCCUGCGUGGAUGGGCGGUGCUGCAGUCCUCAGCAGACCAGAACAGUCCGGGUCAAGUUCCGCUGUGAAGAUGGCGAGACCUUCAACAAGAAUGUGAUGAUGAUUGCAUCCUGCAAGUGCAACUUCAACUGUCCUCAUGCCAAUGAAUCCUCCUACCCAUUCUACAGACUCUUCAAUGACAUCCACAAGUUUAGAGACUAAGUCAAGCAGGAUCCCAGAGAAGCAAUACUGACAGCAAAGUCCAUUGUACUAGAGAUGUCUAUUCCAACAAAUUAUAGACAAACAUCUCCUGUUGUAACUAAAUUCCCAAGGAAUUAUGGACUUACAUCAUGAGGACUAUAUGAAGUGCACUGUAUAGCUGGAAACCACGUCAGCAUUUUAAAAAAGACUUCUAAAGAAUCGCUUCAUAAUACUGGAGCAUCAUGGUAGCUUCGUUAUGGAGCAAUAUGUAAUUAAGUUUGUAAAAUGUAGUUAAUAAUAUUGUUUUUGCGUGUAUAUUUUGAUGUACAAAUAUAAGACAUGACUCAAACUGUAGACGUGUGUGUUUAUGUGUAUAUAUACACAAACAGACAUAUAUUUAUAUACACAUAUAUAGGCAUAUAUAUGUGUGUGUUUGUGUGUAUGCAUAUAUACACAUACAAGUGUAACUUAAUUGUGUGUUCUAUGACCUGUAAUCUAAGAGAGGAUACCGCAUUGUGCUUGUUCAAUGAGUUUGUGGUCACAUUCCUUCCAGAUGUGAACAAAAAUGUUCACGUUUUGUGGCAGCUAUCAGAUUACUCUUCCAUUAGAGCAUUGAAAGAGAACGCAAGACAUGUCAAAGAAUCAAAUAAUGUGUUUUAUUAUUGUUAUUGUUAUUAUUAUUAUUGUUGUUAUUAUUAUUAUUAUUAUUAUUAUUUAUCUAAAUGUAGCUACUUUUAUUUGGAUAUUAAAUGUCAUACUGGAA